AUGAGAUGUUCUCUACUGGCUCUACAGCUGAUGAAGGUGGUUAAUGAGAUGUGCCCCAACAUCACAAGGAUCUACAACAUCGGCAGGAGCCACAGCGGACAGAAACUCUACGCCAUCGAGAUCUCAGACAACCCCGGAGAGCAUGAACGAGGUGAACCAGAGUUUCGCUACACGGCCGGUUCCCAUGGUAACGAGGUGCUGGGCCGAGAGCUGCUCCUGCUGCUGAUACAGUUCAUGUGUCAGGAGUACCUGUCGGGUAACCCACGGAUACGUCACCUGGUGCACGAGACCAGGAUACACCUGCUCCCCUCCGUCAACCCCGACGGGUACGACAAAGCCUUUGAAGUGGGUUCAGAGCUGAGUGGCUGGUCCCUGGGUCGGUGGAGUCAGGACGGAGUAGACAUCCACCAUAACUUCCCUGACCUCAACUCCAUCCUGUGGGAGGCUGAAACAAAGAAAUGGAUCCCCAGAAAGAUGCUCAACCACCAUGUGCCCAUCCCCGAAUGGUACCAGUCCAAGAACUCCACGGUAGCAGCAGAGACGCGUGCGCUGGUCUCCUGGAUGGAGAAGAUCCCGUUCGUCCUGGGUGGUAACCUCCAGGGAGGGGAGUUGGUGGUGACCUUCCCCUAUGACAGGACCCGUUCCCAGGGUGUAGCCAGGGAGCAGACCCCCACCCCAGACGACCAUGUCUUCCGCUGGCUCGCCUUCUCCUACGCAUCCACCCACCGCCUGAUGACCGACGCCAGCCGACGCGUCUGCCACACCGAGGACUUUGCCAAGGAGGAUGGCACCAUCAACGGGGCAUCCUGGCACACCGCAGCAGGGAGUAUGAAUGAUUUCAGCUACUUGCACACCAACUGCUUUGAGCUGUCGAUGUACGUGGGCUGUGACAAAUUCCCCCAUGAGAGCGAGCUGGCGGAGGAGUGGGAAAACAACCGGGAAUCUCUGCUCGUCUUCAUGGAGCAGGUGCAUCGUGGGAUCAAAGGCGUUGUCCGGGACAUGCAGGGGCGGGGCAUAGCCAACGCCAUCAUCCAGGUGGAGGGUAUUGGCCAUGACAUCAGAACAGCGGCGGACGGGGACUACUGGAGGCUGUUGAACCCAGGAGAGUACAGCAUCACGGUGAAGGCCGACGGCUACAGCGCCACAAGCAAGGUGUGUGAGGUGGGCUACGACAUGGGAGCAACCCGCUGUGACUUCACCGUCAGCCGCACCAACCUGUCACGCAUCAAGGAGAUCAUGGAGAGAUACAACAAGCAGCCCAUCAGACAGCCUGUUAGACCCGCCGUCAGGCAGCUGCAAGCACGCCGGCCCGGCCCCAGACACAGGCGCGUGCGGACAUCAUAGGGCCAGGGAGGGUUAGAGAGAGAGAGGGAGUAGCUUGGCCCCAGACAUGAAUGUGAAGUCUUGGGUCAUUGUUCUGCCAAUCAUGUUUGGCACGAUUUACAAACAGAUCGGGGACCAGGCUAGGGCUGAAGAGAGCGAUAUAGGACUUUACAAACAGAUCUGGAACCAGGCUAGGGGUGAAGAGAGUGAUAUAUGACUUUACAAACAGAUCUGAGACCAGGCUAGGGGUGAAGAGAGCGAUAUAGGACUUUACAAACAGAUCUGGGACCAGGCUAGGGGUGAAGAGAGCGAUAUAGGACUUUACUAACAGAUCUGGGACCAGGCUAGGGGUGAAGAGAGCGAUAUAGGACUUUACAAACAGAUCUGGGACCAGGCUAGGGCUGAAGAGAGUGAUAUAGGACUUUACAAACAGAUCUGGGACCAGGCUAGGGGUGAAAAGAGCGAUAUAGGACUUUACAAACAGAUCUGGGACCAGGCUAGGGCUGAAGAGAGUGAUAUAGGACUUUACAAACAGAUCUGGGACCAGGCUAGGGGUGAAGAGAGCGAUAUAGGACUUUACAAACAGAUCUGGGACCAGGCUAGGGCUGAAGAGAGCGAUAUAGGACUUUACAAACAGAUCUGGGACCAGGCUAGGGGUGAAGAGAGCAAUGAGAGACAAACUCCACUAUCUCUCUCUACUUCUGAUCAAACUGUUCUCUGUUCUGCUCCAACAUCUGCUUUGAUCGGGACUCCUGUCUUUGAACUCUGUUACCGGCAUCCAUCCAGAGUGUUGGUGGAAGUGCAGAUUGGAGAUGAUGGUAAAGAUGGGAUAUUUUGAGUGACAAUGGGGUUUUCUGUAUUAAAACAAGGUGCUGUUCUUUCAACCAUGAAUUAAGCUCUGUGGCGCUCGUCUUACUUUAUAAUAUUUGUAUUUGGGACCGUCUUAAAAAGUUCCAGUGGCUUCUCUACCAAAGGGUUAUUACAGUAUACAUGGUUAACCGAAAUGUCCAUUUUACUUGUGCCAUUAUUUGGUAACGAAAUGUCAGUGUGUAUUUCAAAGGAUGAAUGUUGACCAUGGAUAUUACCAUGUGUGUCUCUACUAACUCAUGCAGCACAGUACCAGGACAAAAGCAGUAAUAACGUUCUUACCAACAGGUUUACAAGCUUCAUCCUUGCAAGUAAUAUUCUUUGAAAUCUUGCUUCGGAAUAAAUAAAUGAUGCAUAUA